AUGUCGGUAAAGGAUAGCGCAGACCCGUCGCAGACGACGCGGCGGUCGCAGUCGCCCACACUUCAGCCUGACGACCCCAACCUGGAGCAAGCCACUGGGGAAAAGACGACGACUGAUUCGGAGCCUCCCGACGGCGGACUCGCCGCUUGGACGGUCGUCCUGGGGGUCUGGUGUACUUCCUUCUGCUCAUUCGGAUGGCUCAACAGCAUCGGCACCUUCCAGGAGUACUACCAGAAUGACCUUCUAUCGGACUACUCGCCCAGCACAAUUGCCUGGAUCCCCUCGCUGCAGCUCUUCUUCAUGAUGAGCAUGGGUCCCAUUGUUGGGCAACUGUACGACCGCUUCGGCCCGCGCUGGCUGGUCUUUGGCGGGAGUCUCCUGCAUGUCUUUGGCAUCAUGAUGACCAGCCUCGCCACGGAGUACUACCAGAUCCUGCUGGCCCAGGGUGUCUGCUCGGCCAUUGGUGUCGCGGCCAUCUUCCAGCCCUCGCUCAACUGCGUCCACGGCUGGUUCACCACCAAGCGCGGCGCGGCAUUCGGCAUCCUGGCCACGGGCUCCAGCAUGGGCGGUGUCGUCUUCCCCAUCAUGGUUCCUCACCUCAUCCGCGAAGUCGGCUACGGCUGGGCCAUGCGCAUCAGCGGCUUCCUGCUCCUAGCCCUGCUCAUCAUCGCCAACCUGACAGUCCGCGCCCGCUGCCCACCCAGCCCCCAGCCACUGUCCAUGGCGCAGAUCACCCAGCCCUUCAAGGAGGUACCAUAUGUCUUGCUCUUGCUGGGCUUCUUCUGCUUCACCUAUGGCAUCUUUGUCCCCAUCAACUACCUGCCCUCUCAGGCGGUCAGUGUGGGCAUGUCCCCAGAUCUCGCGCAGUACUUGCUCGCCAUCUUGAACGCCGCUUCGCUGUUUGGCCGCGUUGGUUCUGGGAUCCUUGGCGAUAAAAUCGGUCGAUACAACAUCUUCAUCGUGGUCUGCUACCUCUCCGGCAUAUGGAUCCUGGCCCUCUGGAUUCCCGACUCGGGCAACGCUGGCAUCAUCGUCUUCGCAGCCCUCUUUGGCUUCACCUCGGGCGCCUACGUCUCUCUCAUCGCGCCACUCGUCGCGCAGGUGUCUCCCAUGGCGGAGAUUGGUUGGCGCACGGGACUCCUCUUCGCCACCAACUCCAUCGGCGCCCUCACGACGUCGCCCAUCAGCGGAGCGAUUCUCGAGACGCCCAGUGGCUGGUGGGGCGUCAAGGUGUUUUCGGGCGUCUUCUGUCUCGCGGGAACCACGUUUGUGUUGAUUGCCAGGGUCCAGAAGGUGGGCUGGAGUCCGACCAAGGUGUUUUAG